CUCGCCACGUGUCCCUUCUAUUCCUCUCUCUCUGAUCCAUGACAGUUAUGAUCAGAUCCUUUUCCCGUUUUUUUAGUGAAAAAUAUUUAGACUGUUCUUUUUUUUCUACUCCGAAUUUUUAUCCGCGUUUAUUGAUUUGGAUUUUGAUAAUGUGAGAUGUGAUUUAAUUCUUUUGAAAACAAAUUUGAGUGGAAAAUAUGAGCAUAUGUUGUUUUCUAACGUAACUCGGCAGUCUUCGGAUGCCGAUUUCAGGUAUAUUGGAGCUCCAUUUUCAUUUAAAAUUUCAUUUUUAUUUUGAUGAUUUUUUUUUUGUGAUCAAGAUCUUAUUGAAUUUCAUCACGGUUUGGUUUAGUAAUCGAGGAUUGUGCUAUCUGGUUGCUAGCGAUUUAAUUUUGUUUGUUUGUUUGUUUUUAUGAGAACGUUGUUUGAAGUUUGUGAUCUUUCAUUGAGAAAAAAAAGUUUCAUGGAACCUGGUGUGAUAUUUGUCCAAAUUGAGUGGAAAAUAUGAGCAUAUGUUGUUUUCUACCGUAACUCGGCAAUCUUCGGAUGCCGAUUUCAGGGAUGCGUAUGGAUUUGCUGUGAGGCCUCAGCAUGUACAAAGAUACCGAGAAUAUGCUAAUAUCUACAGGGAAGAAGAGGAGGAAAGAUCAGGUAGGUGGAAUGAUUUCUUGGAACGCCAAGCAGAUUAUGCUCAAUUGCUUACCAAUGAGAUGCCCUCGGAGGGAAGAAAGGAGGUCUCGCACAUUGAAGUUGCAGAGGAUGGGAAUAAUGAAGCACGAAAGGGAGUUGAAGGCGAUGAUUUAUGCAAAAAGAAGUUGGGUUCUGAUAGUCUGUCUGCUAAGGAUGAUGCAGAACAAGAGAAGGUGCUGCCAGCACCAGAGAAAAGAGGUCGUCAAACUGCAAUAUGGACUGAAAUUAGACCAUCCCUUCGGGCCAUUGAAGAUAUGAUGAGUACUUGCGUAAAGAAAGGCCGUUUAUCUGAAGAAGAGCAAGAAACCAGUCGAGCAAAGCCAUUAUCUCCUGCAGAAGAUGCUAGAUUCACUAAGGGAUCAUCAGAAGAUGAUUCUGAGGAUGAAUCUUUUUAUGCUGAGAGAUCUGACCCAGUUCAGGAUGCCCCUACACUUGACAGAACCGGCACUAUAAGAGGUGCUGCUGCAAAUGCAGCUCCUACAGAAUCUUCAUUUCCCUGGAAAGAAGAGUUGAAAGUUCUUGUCCGUGGUGGAGUGCCAAUGGCUCUUAGGGGAGAGAUUUGGCAAGCCUUUGUUGGUGUAAGGAGACGCCGAGUAGAAAAUUAUUACCAGAAUCUGCUUGCCAAUGAAACUAACUCUGGCGAUAACACCAAUCAAAAGAGCUACCAGUCAGAUGGUAAGGGUUCAGCCACCAGGUCUGCAUGUGGGCCUGAGAAAUGGAAGGGGCAGAUUGAGAAGGAUUUGCCACGAACGUUCCCUGGUCACCCUGCUCUGGAUGAUGAUGGUAGAAAUGCUUUGCGACGUUUACUUACAGCCUAUGCUCGACAUAACCCCUCUGUUGGAUACUGUCAGGCCAUGAAUUUCUUUGCUGCCUUUUUACUCCUCUUGAUGCCUGAAGAAAAUGCGUUCUGGACUUUGAAGGGUAUUAUUGAUGAGUAUUUUGAUGGCUAUUUCUCAGAGGAAAUGAUUGAGUCUCAGGUUGACCAACUUGUUUUUGAAGAGUUGGUGCGUGAGAGAUUUCCAAAACUUGUCAGUCAUCUAGAUCACCUGGGAGUACAAGUGGCAUGGGUUACUGGACCAUGGUUCCUUUCCAUUUUUAUGAACAUUCUUCCAUGGGAAAGUGUGCUUCGAGUCUGGGAUGUGUUCCUAUUUGAAGGAAAUCGUGUUAUGCUGUUUAGGACAGCACUUGCUCUUAUAGAGUUUUACGGCCCUGAAUUACUUACAACUAAGGAUGCGGGAGAUGCAGUUACUUUACUACAAUCAUUAGCUAGCUCAACAUUUGACAGCAGUCAACUCGUAUUGUCAGCUUGUAUGGGUUACGAAAAUGUAAAUGAACAAGUAUUACUUGAGUUAAGGGAGAAGCACCGGUCAGUUGUAAAAGCUGCAGUUGAUGAAAGAUUAAGGGGGCUUCAAAUUUGGAGGGAAUCACAGGGCCGGGCAUCUAAGCUAUAUGGUUUUAAGCAAGAUUCUAAGUCAGCGCUUAGGAAAACAAAUAAGACAGGAGAAUUGGUUGAUUCAAAAACUAAUGGAGAUCUUUCACGUUCCAAGUCCGAAUCAAUGAAUGCGGAUGAAAAUCUUCUUUGUCUGACAAGAGAUGCUAAGUCGGAUUCUGUUCCAGAUCUUCAACAGCAGGUUGUAGGGUUAAAGGUUGAGUUGAGCAGGUUGCUGGAAGAGAAAAGAUCAGCUGUUCUCAGAUCUGAUGAACUGGAGACAGCAUUGAUGGAAAUGGUUAAGCAGGACAAUCGACGCCAAUUAUGUGCUAGGGUAGAGCAAUUAGAGCAAGAAGUUGGUGAGCUUCAUAAGGCACUGUUUGAGAAGACUGAACAAGAAACUGCAAUGCUUCAGAUCCUAAUGCAAUUUGAGCAAGAUCAAAAGGAAACAGAAGAUGCUUGUAGAUUUGCCGAACAAAAUGCAGCUGCACAGAGAUAUUCUGUUGAAGUGCUUCAGGAAAAGUAUGAAAAGGCCAUUGCUGCGCUUGCUGAAAUGGAGAAAAGAGCGGUAAUGGCAGAAUCAAUGGUGGAAGCUACCUUACAUUACCAUUCUGGACAAAAUAAAGCUCAGCCAUCUCUUUCUCCACGAUCACCCCAGCCAAAUUCACCACCACGCAACAAUCAAGAGGUACAACAAGAGAAUCCCGCCAGCAAGCUUAAUUUACUUGCUCGACCAUUUGUACUUGGCUGGCGCGACAGAAUCAAGGGAAAGAUCAGUAAUGCUUAUCGACCAAAUGAUGGGAAGUCCUCUAGUGAAGAUCAGAAUACUGCAACACAGCAGGAAACAAACACUAAGGAAAACAACGCCGAGAAUACAGAUGACAAGGAAGCAAAUGGCAACGAAGCUCAUGUUUUUUCUCGUAUCAUGUCUCUCAACUUUCAAAAGUCCACAUCAUGGAGGGAAGCAUGGAAGUAAUAUAUAAAAACCUCAGCCAAGCCCAAGGGAUACAUUUCUUGCCUUACAAGCAAGGUUUUUGUUCCCCUUAGCUGCAUCGUUCUCUUUUCAUUCUAGGAGUGGAGGAACCAACCUAUGCCACAAUCCUUCAACUGAUCCAGUUUUAGGAUCCUACUUUCUUUCUUUUUGAUAGACGCAAGUUAUAUAUAUGUCAAAUUUUCAUUUAAAUUGUAGUUCUUGAUUCAAUUAUUUGUAUCUUGAUUCAAUUAUUUGUACAGAUUUUUUUAAAUAUUUGUAACACUUCCAUACUUGACCCGAUCACCUGAUCAAGACACCGAAAUAUCACAUUAAUUGUCGGAGCAAU